AUGUUGAUACAAUUAGAAUCUAUUACAAAUAAGCCCAUAAAACGAGUUUUAGAGCACAUUUUUUACCUUUUAUUAAUAUUAAUCCUGAUCCCAGUAUUCAUCUAUUUUGAAUUGUGCAUUGUAUUACCAGCAGUUGAAAAAGAUAAGUCAAAGCAUGUAAUUCAUCUGUGUAUAGCAUUUUUUCUGUUACUUAAUAUUGUAGGCAAUAUGAUAUAUGGAAUGUUAACUGAUAGUAGUAUUAAAGGAAAAAUGUUAGAUAGUAAACAAACUUCAGACUGGAGCUUGUGUUCCGUGUGCGAGUGUCUACGGCCGCCUCGCGCAUGGCACUGUAACAUUUGUAACAUAUGCAUAUUAAAAAGAGAUCAUCACUGCACUUACCUUACUUCUUGUGUUGGAUAUUUCAACUAUAGAUAUUUUAUACUUUUAACUCUUUAUAUAUUCAUCGCUAUGGUGUAUGCAUUUUACUAUAAUCUUAAGUUUUUGGCUACUUUUAUAUCAUGGAACCACGGACUGGCAAUCAUUCGAUUUGUUUUUCCACUAGCAAAUUUUGUAGUAGAUGCUAGCUAUGAAAGUUUGUAUAUUUUUAUAGUUGUCAUUAAUUUCAUAUUAGCCUUGUUUACAGGAUUUUUAGCUUAUUAUCAUUUUAGUAAUGUUUUUAAAGGUCAAACGACACCAGAGAGAAAAUAUAAUGAGUGUAAUUACAAUAAGGGAUGGAAAAGGAAUUUAAUAGAAGUAUUUGGUGUAAGAUGGUACUUGACAUGGAUUUUGCCAUUUAUUCAGAGUCCAUUGCCAGGUGAUGGCAUACAAUGGCAUGAUGAAGAUAAGUGCAAAUAAAUGUUUAGUGUUAAUGAC